GUUUGUGGAGAACGAGGUCUUGCCUUUUGUAGAUGAGUGGGAGGAGGCUGGGGCCUUUCCAAAGGACCUCCACCGCCGUGCCUACGAGGCUGGCGUCUAUGGAGCUUUCUGGCCCGAGAAGUACGGUGGUACUUUUCCAAAUGCUGAAGAAGCAGACAUGUUUCAUUACUUCAUCUUCUACGAUGAGCUAGCGCGGCCGUGUGCAAGCGGUCUUUAUGGUUCCCUCCUGACACACAGCAUUUCGCUGCCUCCUGUGCUGGAGCUGGGCUCCGAGAAGCAAAAGGAGGCUAUUGCGAGACAAGUAAUCACGGGGCAGAAAACUUGCUGCCUGGCCGUCACCGAGCCCGGCGGUGGCUCCGACGUGGCUAACGUGCAGACGACAGCGGUUCUCGAUGCAAGUGGUCAGCAUUACGUGGUGAACGGCCAGAAGACCUUCAUCUCGGGGGGGAUGAACGCUGAUUACUUUACCACAGGUGUUCGCACGAGUGGCAAAACCGGCAGCAAGGGCAUCUCGCUGCUUCUGGUGCCACGCUCGAGCGAUGGGCUGAACACAGCGCGACUGCAGACGCAAGGCUGGCAUCUCAGCACCACGACCUUGGUGACUUUUGACGAAGUGAAAGUCCCCGCUGAAAAUCUGCUGGGGGGCGAAGGUGAUGGUUUCUUGGCCAUCAUGCGCAACUUCAACAAUGAGAGGCUGGCAUUAGCCAUUACGGCGAACCGCGAGGCGCGAGUCUGCCUUGAAGAGGCGGCCAAAUACGCGCAGGUUCGGAAGACUUUCGGCAAGCCGCUGUCGUCCCAUCAGGUCAUCCGCCACAAGCUCAUGGAGUGCGGCCGCCUUGUGAUGGCCACCAAUGCCAUGAUCCUCUCAGUUUGUGCACAGAAGCCUCGACCCAGCGAUUCGUCGGAGCAGCUGGCAGGCGCCAUCGCCUUAGCCAAGGUGCAGGCGACGAAGAGCUUCGAGUUCGUUGCCCGAGAGUGUUCCCAGGUCUUUGGCGGCAAGUCGUACCUUCGGUCUGGUCCUGGCCAUGUCGUGGAGCGUGCUUACCGAGAGGUGCGGGUCCUCGCAGUGGGAGGAGGCUCUGAGGAGAUCAUGCUGGACUUGGCCUCCCGUCAAGCCAGGCUUUGA